AUGAACUCCAUUUCGAGAGCAAGGUUUAUUGGAGCUCUUAGUGGACCUUUUCCAAGCGAUUUCCAUCACUUCCAUGUGGAAAUCGCCUAUGACAUACAAGCCAGGGGUAGUGGUCAUGUAGCCUUAAGGUGCAUGACUAGGAAGUCUAACAAAGACAACCUAGUCGAACAUCCGGAGAUAGACAAGCUUGAGAAGAUACUUAGGAGACAAAAAGCUCAAGAGAUGGCCGAGAACGCAGCUCGUGCAGCUCAUGACACUGAGGUAGCUAGAGCUAACAAAGAAGGAAAAGAUCCACCUCCUCCCUUAAAUCCACAACAUCCUCCUGGGGAUGUUGAUGUGAAACCUCAAGCUAACAUUCAAACGAUCGGAGACUACGACUCUGCGAUGCUUUCUUCACGGAUAGGAAUCCAAUCCAUCCACCACUUCCUGCAAGGAAUGACUAUGAGAUCAAGCCUCAAAUCAUAG